UGUCGAAAGUAAGAAAGAAGAGCUGAAAGUGUGGCGGACAGUUUGCUCACAUUUACACAUAUAACUCCUGAACUACAUCCCCCCGCGGUUGUGUUAUAAUACGUGAUAUUCCAGCGGCAGUUUAUGAGUGACUGUGGCCUGGUAGUACAAACACACUGCAGCAUUACCCAGCAGCUCAUCACUCCUACAGGGGCAGAACUGCAGAAAAAUACCCCUGCACUGAAAAAUGAUAAUUGAAGACCUCGAAGGCUUGAAAACAUGGCUCUCUAAGACUCUUGAACCGAUAUGUGAUGCCGAUCCUUCUGCACUUGCAAAAUAUGUAGUUGCCUUGGUGAAGAAAGACAAAUCAGAGAAGGAGUUGAAAGCACUAUGCAUUGACCAAUUGGAUGUAUUCCUCCAGAAAGAUACACAGAUAUUUGUGGAUAAACUUUUUGAAGCUGUAAACACAAAGAGUUACCUACCUCAACCUGAACAGCCAACGUUCACAAGCAGAAUUGAGACUAUCCAGCGCACAGAGAAAGAUGAAUCGAAGCGAGAAGAGCAACCAAGCCGAGAUGAGGAAAGAGAUAAGAAAUUCUCCAGGAGAAUAAACCACAGUCCUCAGUCUAUCUCCAGAUACAGCCGAGACAGUAGGAGAGGAGAUGACCGCAAGAAAGAUGACCGCACUAGAAAACGAGACUACGAUCGAAACCCACCCCGAAGAGAAUCAUAUAGAGAACGCUACAUCCGCAGAAGAGAACGCAGCCGCAGUCGUAGUCGCAGCUGGAGUAAAGACCGCAAUCGUGACCGUGAUAGAGAGAGAGAUCGUGACAGAGACCGAGAUCGAGAUCUCAGUCGAUCACGAACUCACUCACGGAGUCGUUCCAGAAGUAGAAGCAAAGAGCGAGAUUCUGGGAAGUCAAAGUAUGACCACAGUUGUCCAGAGCUUCAGGAGGGGACAGCCGCAGAAGGCUACAGUACCACACCUCUCACACCCGUAAACUCCUCUGCUCAUUUCCCAGUGCCCACCCUCAGUAGCACCAUCACCGUCAUCGCCCCCACCCACCACGGAAACAACACCACUGAGAGCUGGUCAGAGUUCCCUCAGGAUCACACACCCUUCGGCAGAGGUGUCCCACCAAGGAAACGCUGCCGUGACUAUGAUGAGAAAGGCUUCUGUAUGCGAGGAGACAUGUGUCCUUUUGACCACGGCAGUGAUCCAGUGGUGGUGGAGGACGUUAAUCUUCCCAGCAUACUUCCCUUUCAGCCUCCGCCUCUUCCUGUGGUUGACGGGCCACCUCCGCCUGGAUUGCCACCCCCUCCCCCGCUCCUGACCCCACCAGUGAACAUCAGACCUCCUGGGCCCCUGCCGGGCACAGUGCCUCCCAGCCUGCCCCCUGCUACAGGCCCUCCUCCUCCUUUUCCUUCUCUGCAACCGCCUGGUAUGGAUGGCCCUCCAAACUCCAUCACCGGCUCUGUGCCCACUGUAGUGACGUCAGGGAUCCGGCCUCCGAUCACUCAGCCCCCACCACCCCUCUUUACAUCAGACUCAUUUGAGACAGACGUGUAUAAUCCUGAGGCUCCCAGCAUGAACUCGCGACCCAUGUACAGACACCGGGUCAAUGCUCAGCGGCCCAACCUAAUUGGUCUAACCAUGGGAGAUGUGGAUCUGCCCUCUAGAGAGAAAAUGUCAAACAACAACAAUAUGCGAAUAGUUUUGGAAUCGGACUCCAGGAAGAGGGGGCCUGGAAUGUUUGACAGAGUGAUUCCUACAAAGAAACCCUGGUUUGACAAGCCAAACUUCAACAAGCCCAACAGUCAAGGCUUUCACAGAAAGGUUCCCUACUUUUUACCAAACACCAAACUGGCAAUCAGACAGAUUCCACCUGAACUCAACAACAUCAGCAAACUCAACGAGCACUUCAGCAAGUUUGGCACCAUUGUCAACAUGCAGGUGGCAUAUAAUAAUGACCCAGAGGGGGCGUUGAUCCAGUUUGCCUCCCCUGAAGAAGCUAAACGGGCUAUACAAAGCACAGAAGCUGUGCUGAAUAACCGGUUCAUCAAAGUACACUGGCACAGAGAAGACACAACAGAACAUGCACACACCACACCACUUCCAAGUGUACAGGCCACCCAGGAACGUCCUGUGACCACACUGAAACAAUCAGUCAAAGACCGGCUCGGACCCCUGCCCACUCCCCAACCUGAACCCCAACAGGACCCCAGUGUCACUCCACAGAAUACAACCAAGACUUCAGUGAAAGCACGUCUGGGCUUCUCUAAACCAGCUGGCCUUGGAGGAAAGGUCUUUUCCACAUCGACCGGCCUUACUAAGACUGUUUAUAAUCCAGCAGCAAUGAAAACAGGCCAGAAGGGGGCACCAUACAGAACAGCAGUGAGCUCAGGGGAUGCCAUAAAGAAGAAACUGGAGGCGCUGAAGCUUCAGCAGGACGUCAGGAAGAAGAAACAAGAGAUUUUGGAGAAGCACAUUCAGACACAGAAGUUGCUUAUAUCAAAGCUGGAGAAGAACAAGUCCAUGAAGGCAGAUGAUAAAGCUCAGAUCAUGCAUACACUCACCACACUUACCAACAGCAUCACCAAACUACAGGUGGAGAUCAAGGGACUUUCUUGUACCAAUGCAGUCAAGAGCAUGCCCAAGAGCAAAGCCCAGGCUCAGAAGGAGCUCCUUGACACAGAGUUGGACCUCUUUAAGAAAGUCCAGACAGGAGAGGACACCGCUGAACUCAAGAUCAAAUACACUCAGCUACAGUUAGAGGCUGCCAAAAGGGGGCUCCUAACUCCAGGCUGUGGGAGGGGGGCCCACACCAGGGGUCGGGGUGCCCUGAGGAGUCGGGGUCGAGGUAAUCGGGGACGCGGGAGAGGAGCUCCAGCUUACGCUGUUGUGGACCAUCGACCCAGAGCUUUAGAGAUCAGCGGCUUCAUUGAGGGCGAUCGAGUUGACCUGUUGCCUCACUUUGCACAAUUCGGAGAGAUUGAAGAUUGCCAGAUGGAGGAUUCUAGUCUAAGGGCCAUCAUUACGUACAAAAGUCGUGCAGAGGCAGAACGGGCGGCAAUCCAUGGUGUCCGGUUAAAUAAUCAGCUACUACGUUUGGCCUGGCAUAAACCUGUGCUCUCCCUCAACAGUACAGACCAAGAUGAGGCUGAACGCGAGGAUGAGGAGUUUGCAGAGGAUUCGAUGGUGGACGAUUCUCUUCUGCAGGACGAUGAUGAAGAGGAAGAUGAUAAUGAGUCACGCUCAUGGCGCAGAUGAAGACAAAGUCUUCUCUCCAUUCCAGUUGCACCGCAUCCCAUAACCCGAGCAAGAGCAUCUGAUCUGCAGUUCUGUGUUUUGAAAAAUUUUGUUUUUAACAAUCUAAUUUACAUUUCAUUGGCUAUUUUAUUUUACUUAGAAAACCCUGAGCAGUAAAUUCAGUAAAACUCCCAUCAGAUGGCUGUAAAUUUGAACGAUUGAGAUGUCAAAUAACAUGAAUGAUUUAGUUUUUCGCCCACAUCUAUUGUUUUUUAUUGUCAAAACAUGGACUAACUUUUGCCUGUUAAAUUUGUUUUUUAUUGGUCAAAUAGAUUGGCCCAGAUUUCUUUUCAACCAUUCUGAAAAUGUUAGUUUAAGACAAACAAAUGUAAAGAUAACUGCAUAGCAUUGUUAUGACAACAUGUUGUACGCUUUCCUUGGUAUAAUCAGUCUGAGGAGGAAGUUGCUUUUGUGUACAUAUUUUAUGUAUGAAUUUUAAUGGUUGUAAAAAUUCUUUGCUUCUGGAUUCCUCUGCUGGGUUUCAUUUUGAAAUGUAUAAAAAAUAAAGAAUUGGAAUGGUCUACAAAAAAUAUCAGCUGAUGAGAAAAAAGAAAAAAAAAAAGAGCUUGCUUCAUUAGCAGCAAAAAAUCUGAACAGCUGAAAAAAAAUCUGAACAGCUGAAUAAAGACCAUUUCAAACCCCCACCCACCCAA